UCGCCAGUGGCCGGUUUGAAUGAGGUCCUCGUCGCACCCGAGCUGCCGCCAACAUCGCGCCUCCAUCUCGGCUGCUGCUACAGCUUCUUCGCGUCCCUUUCCCUGCGCUGCCCUUGCCAGGCCCAGCCUUCCUGCGCCGCCGCCUUGCCUCUCGCCCCGCCAUGCCGCUCUACUCCGUUACUGUGAAGUGGGGAAAGGAGAAAUUUGAAGGUGUAGAAUUGAAUACUGAUGAACCUCCAAUGGUGUUCAAGGCUCAGCUUUUUGCACUGACUGGAGUCCAGCCAGCCAGACAGAAAGUUAUGGUGAAAGGAGGAACAUUGAAGGAUGAUGAUUGGGGGAACAUCAAAAUAAAAAAUGGAUUAACUCUACUAAUGAUGGGGUCAGCAGAUGCUCUUCCUGAGGAACCCUCAGCUAAAACUGUCUUCGUAGAAGAUAUGACAGAAGAGCAGUUAGCAUCUGCUAUGGAAUUACCAUGUGGAUUGACAAACCUUGGUAAUACUUGCUACAUGAAUGCUACAGUUCAGUGUAUUCGUUCUGUGCCUGAACUCAAAGAUGCCCUUAAAAGGUAUGCUGGUGCCUUGAGAGCUUCAGGGGAAAUGGCUUCAGCACAAUAUAUUACUGCAGCCCUGAGAGAUUUGUUUGAGUCCAUGGAUAAAACUUCUUCUAGUAUUCCACCUAUUAUUCUACUGCAGUUUUUGCACAUGGCUUUUCCACAGUUUGCAGAAAAGGGCGAACAAGGACAGUAUCUUCAACAGGAUGCUAAUGAAUGUUGGAUACAAAUGAUGCGAGUAUUGCAACAGAAAUUAGAAGCCAUAGAAGAUGAUUCUGUUAAAGAGACAGACUCUUCAUCUGCAUCAGCAGUGACACCUUCUAAAAAGAAAAGUUUAAUUGAUCAAUUCUUUGGAGUUGAGUUUGAAACUACCAUGAAAUGUACAGAAUCUGAAGAAGAAGAAGUCACUAAAGGAAAGGAAAAUCAGCUUCAACUUAGCUGUUUUAUCAAUCAAGAAGUCAAGUAUCUUUUUACAGGACUUAAAUUGCGACUUCAGGAAGAAAUCACCAAACAGUCUCCAACAUUGCAAAGAAAUGCUUUGUACAUAAAAUCUUCCAAGAUCAGCCGGCUACCUGCUUACUUGACUAUUCAGAUGGUUCGAUUUUUUUAUAAAGAGAAGGAAUCUGUGAAUGCUAAAGUUCUUAAGGAUGUUAAAUUUCCUCUUAUGUUGGAUGUGUACGAACUAUGUACACCAGAACUUCAAGAGAAAAUGAUCUCUUUUCGGUCAAAAUUCAAGGAUCUAGAAGAUAAAAAAGUGAAUCAACAGACAAAGACAAGUGACAAAAAGAGUAGUCCCCAGAAGGACAUUAAGUAUGAACCCUUUUCUUUUGCUGAUGAUAUUGGCUCCAAUAAUUGUGGAUACUAUGAUUUACAAGCAGUGUUAACACAUCAGGGAAGGUCUAGUUCUUCAGGUCAUUAUGUAUCAUGGGUGAAAAGGAAACAAGAUGAAUGGAUUAAGUUUGAUGAUGAUAAGGUCAGCAUUGUGACCCCAGAAGAUAUCUUGCGGCUUUCUGGUGGUGGAGACUGGCAUAUAGCUUAUGUUUUACUCUAUGGGCCUCGCAGAGUUGAAAUAAUGGAAGAGGAAAGUGAACAGUAAUCUUCAUUCUAGCUAUUUAUGCUUAGGUGUGAAAUAAAUGUUAUUUGUUGAUUAUUUCUAUAAUUCAGAGUUUGAGAGGAAGAUAUGUAAGAGGUUUUGUUUCCCCUUAUAUGGAACAAAGGGCAGAAGCAAACCACUCUAUCAAUCUAAAAAAUUACAAGGAAGAGAAAAUUGCCUUUGGACUGUGCUGCCCUGUAUAAAGGUGGCAGGAAGACAUUUUUAAAAAGCUUAUUUCUUGCAUUAAUUUUUUAAAAUUCUGAGUUGAAAUGCCUUUCAGCCAUUAUCUUAUGUGAUAAUUUUCCCUGCCCGUCUCAGCUCAAGAUUCAGCAAUGAAAUGUUUAUUGCACACCUAUUACCUGUUAUUUGUUGUUCUUGCAUGGUUCAAACCACAGGCAAUUUAGUAGCUGUCCGUCCUUUGCCUUAUCUAACAAAUUUUGCCAGGAAGAUGGAAAGGAAGUAAGUGUUGCUCUCAUGUGCUCAGUGCUGCUGUCCAUAUUCCAUGGAAACAUGGAUACAAUCAAGUAUUUGUCCAGCCUAAUUGUUGCUGGCUUUUCAUGACUUUAAAAUAAAUUGUGAUCAAUAGUACAUUUGAUUAUACAUUUAUUACUGUGUCUCUGAUGUACUAUGGUUUGUACAUUUAACUUUGCAAUGGUUUUGUAGUAAUCAACCUUAAAAAGAUGUUGGCAGGCUCUGGUUGCUUAUUUUUAGAAAAUGGGGAUAUUUAAUAAAAAAAAAAAA